CGAAAUUAUUAAGGUGAGAAUUAUGCUAAUGCAUUUCAGUGAACAAACAAUAGAUGCCAAUCACAAACACAAUUAUGAUGUCGUCAUAGUAGUGGGUCAAAGGAUUUGAACACACACGUACACACCUACACACGUACACAUUAACAGGCAUACAGACAAGCAGGCACAGAGAAAGAAAUACACCGUGAGAUAGGCUCAUAUCACACACAUAUUUCUGUUCUGUUCGAAAGUAAUACAGACAUAAUUUGAUAAUAUAUAUAUAAAUAUAAAUAUAACCACCAUUCACGUAUUGACAGUAUCACUUUUCAGUGAUUAUAGAAUUCCUUUUUCCAAAUCAGCUGUAAUUAUUUAUUUAUUUUUGUAAUUGAUUGGAUUUCUCUUCGCGCGUCUUUUUAAUUUGUCAAAAAAUCAAGAUACUACUUAUUUACUUAUUUAUUCAUUUGUAUCAUUGAAAAAAAAUUGGGAAAUUUAUUGAAAAACAAUCGAACCAUUACCCCUUCUCACUCACACAUACACACACAAACACAAAUACUCACAGGCAGAGAUAUGCUCAUGGAUGAGUUUAAACCUCAACUACAAGAACAGCAACAACAACAAGCAGCCCUGCUCUAUCAUACCUCAUUGGCGUCGAUCAGUUCUACAGAUUUAGGAAUAUCUCCAGUGAAUAAUACCACGUCUAUGGAUCACACGGAUAUGAAAAGCGUUGAUCAUAACAAUAGUAGUAAUAAUAUUAACAAUAAUAACACUAUGAUAAGUGGGAGCGUUGAUUCACUAUAUACUAAGGAGAAAAUGCUGUCCAGUACCUCGACGAGAAUACAAUCACCGUGUUAUCAGAAUGCUUCAACAGUACCCUCUUCCUACUGCACAACAUCAUCUUCAUCAUCGAAUAUUAAUCCUCAUAUUAAUAAUCAUAGUAAUAAUAAUAAUUCACCAGCUUUAGACCAAUGGUCUGCAACUCUAUUGGCUGCACAAGCUCUUGUUAGAACGAAGAAAGUGUUUAUCGGUGGUGUAUCUACGGGGACUACUGCAGAUGAAUUGAAAAGUUUUUUCAGUGAAUUUGGUAAAGUGGAAACAUGUGAACUGAUGAUGGACAAGGCGACCAGUCGACAUCGAGGUUUCGGAUUUGUCACCUUUGAAAGUGAACAGGCAGCAGAAAAGGUGUGCUCAAUACACUAUCAUGAAUUAAAUGGUAAAAUGGUUGAAGCCAAACGAGCUUUGCCUAAAGAAGUACUCAGUUCAAGCAAUGCUCUAGUUAAACAACAAAGUCUGCUACCAAAUGCAUUCGCUCUGUCCAGUGAAGUCGACUCAGCAGCUACAGCUGCGGCGACAAUUGCUGCAGCCGCCCUCGCCUCACGACAACAACAUCAACAGCAUCAACAACAGCAACAACAACAUUAUCAAAAUUUAAGUCAUAACUUAAAUAAUUCGGGAUCCGCAUUUGUUUCACUUGCUUAUGCCUCAUUGAUGCCAUUUAGUCAUCUACAACCGUAUCCCUUAUCGCCUAACAAUUUUGUUGGAAAUCAUCCUUUGAACACAUCGAAUUUAACAAUGGAAAACUCAGGAAUUCAUCCUCAAAGUAUUAAUCAUUCAGGUCCUAUUGAUUUCCCAUCUGCUGCUGUAUUACAGAAUGGUCAUUCCACACCAGUGAUCAGAUUUCCACAAAUCGGUAUACAAUCCGAUGUCAACCUCCAACCCACUUGUCCACUGGGCUUUGCCUAUAAUCCGUCAACAGGUUAUUUAAAUUCUACAGGUUCAAUAACCCCAACCGGUAAUUAUCUAACAUCUACUAUUCCGAAUGUAUUAAAUCUUGCCCAACCUGGAGCAAUUCAAACGUUGAUACCUAAUUUAACCUACAAUAUCUUGACUACACUUCAUGAUCAACAAAGCCAACAGACAAGAUUGCAUCAAGCUCAACAGGCAGUUGGUCAACAGUCGACACCACAACAACAACAAAGUCAAACAAUACCAUCAAUCCCGUUGGAUGUAGAAACUUUGAAACAACAAAUUCAACUGCAAAAUUGGCCUAGUACUGCACCUUAUUCCUUAUUAACUUUGAACCAAAAGUAUUUUCUUUCUCUGUAAACAAAAAAAAACACAUAAAUUUCAGGCUUUUGGUCAAAUCCACUCACCCACUAGCAACUUACUUACUUUCAAUCAAAAUCAACAAAAACUUCCCAGUGUACAAUCGACUGAUACACCGACUAUUGGUCUGACGGAUGCAUCACCGACAAUGUGGCUGUUACCUGCAAAAAUUCCACGUUCUUCUAGUUCUAAUGCAUAUGAUUCGACUACCCAAUUAAUCAGAGUUCACUAAACAUACGUAAACAAACUUUUUACAAAAAACCAAACAAACAAUUACUCAGUUCCCUACCUACCUAACUAGCCUAUCUAUCCACCUAUCUACCUACUUACUCAUCAACCUAAACGUGAUCUACUUUUAAACUAUAAUCAAUCAAUCAAUCAAUCAGUAAAUCGAUCAAUCGGUCUCUCAUUUGUAUUUAACAUAAUUACACUUUUUCUCUGUGUAUCGUGAUAUAUAUAUAUAUAUAUUUACAUCUAUACAUAUACAUAUAUAUUCUUUCUAUCAAUUCAACUGUGAAUUUUUCCUGAUCACUUUCUUGAUUGAUGUCUUCUUCAUUCUUAUUUUGUGAUUUGAUCAUGAUAAAUUCAACUGUGAAGUUCGGGUCGAGCAACUCGACGAAAUAUGACAGACACUUCAGUGAAAAGCUCAAAUUGUGGUCCAUUGCAAAAUCACGACUGUUUUGAUUGUCGUUUGUAUUUUUGACUACAAUUACUUCUGCACUACGACUGAAGGCAACGGAACAGCGUAAAAAACAGAAAAAAAUUGGAAAUUUCUUUCUUUUCAUGUGUUUUUAUUGUCAACAUCAUCACCAUGAUCAUCAAUCACUAUUUUGAACAAUGUACAACUACUGCUCAAUGUAUUUGGUUUAUCUUCAAAUGUAUAAAA